CCUCCCUCGCUCGCUCGCUCCCUCCCCCCGGGCCGGCUCGGCGCUGACUCCGCCGCACGCUGCAGCCGCGGCUGGAAGAUGGCGGGGAACGACUGCGGCGCGCUGCUGGACGAAGAGCUCUCCUCCUUCUUCCUCAACUAUCUCGCCGACACGCAGGGUGGGGGUUCUGGGGAGGAGCAACUCUGCGCUGACUUUCCUGAGCUCGACCUCUCCCAGCUGGACGCCAGCGACUUUGACUCUGCCACCUGCUUUGGAGAGCUGCAGUGGUGCCCGGAGACCUCUGAGACUGAGCCCAGCCAGUACAGCCCCGACGACUCCGAGCUCUUCCAGAUCGACAGUGAGAAUGAGGCCCUCCUGGCCGCGCUCACCAAGACCCUGGAUGACAUCCCUGAAGAUGACGUGGGGCUGGCUGCCUUCCCGGUCCUGGAUGGAGGAGAUGCACCAUGCUGCCCCGCAGCUUCACCCGCCCCCUUGUCUGCGCCCCCCAGCCCCGCUAGGGAGAGGCCCCCAGCCCCAGCCUCAGACGUGGAUGAGCUCUCGCUGACGGACAGCACCCAGGAUAAGAAGGCCCCCAUGCAGCGGUCUCCCAACAGGAGUUGUGCAGAACUGCAUAAGCACCUCACCUCGGUACCGUCCUGCUCCCAGGCAAAAGCCUCCUCCCCCGACAGGGGACUGCAGCCAGCACUGCCCCCGAGUCCCCAGCUCCUUGCCAAGAAAGAGGAGGAGCCAGGGGAGGACUGCCUGAGUCCCCAGCCAGCUCCAGCCUCUCCCCGGGACUCCCUGCCACCAGGCAGGGCGAGCCCCAGUGCCCAGGUUCCCCAGGAGGACGUGCAGGCCAUGGUGCAGCUCAUUCGAUACAUGCACACCUACUGCCUCCCCCAGAGGAAGCUGCCCCCACAGGCCCCAGAGCCACCCCCCCAGCCAUGCAGCAGCCCCUCCAGGGUCAGGCCCCGGCACCACUCCAAAGCCUCCUGGGCUGAGUUCUCCAUCCUGCGGGAACUCUUGGCUCAAGAUGUCCUCUGCGAUGUCAGCAAACCCUACCGCCUGGCCACGCCUGUCUAUGCCUCCCUCACUCCCCGGCCAAGGUCCAGACCCCCCAAGGACAACCAGGCCUCCCCCGCUCACCCUUCCCCAGUGGAGGAGGUGAGGGUGGCGGCUUCCCCCAAGAACACUGGGCCCAGGCCAAGCCUGCGCCCGCUGCGCCUGGAGGUGAAGGGGGACGUUAGCCGCUCUACCCGGCUACAGCAGGAGGAGGAAGAGGAGGAGGAAGAAGAGGAGGAGGAAGAAGAAGAAAAAGAAGAGGAGGAGGAGGAGGAAGAGGAGGAGGAGGAGUGGGGCAGGAAGAGGCCGGGCCGAGGCCUGCCGUGGGCCAGGCUGGGGAAGAAGCUGGAGAGCUCUGUGUGCCCAGUGCGCCGCUCCCGGAGACUGAACCCCGAGCUGGGCCCCUGGCUGACAUUCACUGAUGAGUUGCUGGUCUCCUCAGAGCCCCAAGGUGCUCUGCCUUCGCUAUGCCUGGCUCCCAAGGCCUAUGACAUGGCAGGAGAGCUGGGCAGCCCCACAGACGAGGACAAUGGCCAAGACCAGCAGCUCUUACGAGGACCCCAGAUCUCUGCCCUGGAGAGCCCCUGUGAGAGUGGGUGUGGGGACACGGAUGAGGACCCCAGCUGCCCGCGCCUCCCUUCCAGAGACUCUCCCAGGUGCCUCAUGCUGGCCUUGUCACAAAGUGACUCUCCUUUUGGCAAGAAGAGCUUUGAGCAGACCUUGACAGUGGAGCUUUGUGGCACGGCAGGACUCACCCCACCCACCACACCCCCAUACAAGCCCACCGAGGAGGACCCCUUCAAGCCGGACAUCAAGCACAGCCUGGGCCAAGACACAGCCCCCAGCACCCCCGCCCCUGAGGCUCUCCAGCUCAUGGCCACCACCGGGCCUACCCACAAGCUGCCCAAGAAGCACCCAGAGCGCAGCGAGCUUCUGUCCCACCUGCGGCAUGCCACGGCCCAGCCGGCCUCCCAGGCUGGCCAGAAGCGCCCCUUCUCCUGUUCCUUUGGAGACCAUGAUUACUGCCAGGUGCUCAGACCAGAGGGCACUAUGCAGAGGAAGGUGCUGAGGUCCUGGGAGCCAUCUGGGGUCCAUCUUGAGGACUGGCCCCAGCAAGGUGCCUCCUCAAAGGCUGAAAUGCAGGCCUCUAGGAAGGAGGAAGCCCGAAGCUGUGAGGCCAGCGCCCCGCCCAAGGACAGCGCUCAGCUGAGAGACCACGAGAUCCGCGCCAGCCUCACCAAGCACUUUGGGCUGCUGGAGACAGCUCUGGAGGACGAAGACUUGGCUUCGUGCAAGAGUCCUGAAUAUGACACGGUCUUUGAGGACAGCAGUAGCAGCAGUGGUGAGAGCAGCUUCCUCCUGGAGGAGGAAGAUGAGGAGAGGGAGGAGGAGGACGAUGAAGAAGAGGACUCAGGGGUCAGCCCCCCUCGCUCUGACCACUGCCCUUACCAGAGCCCACCCAGCAAGGCCAGUCGGCAGCUCUGUUCCAGAAGCCGCUCUAGCUCUGGCUCCUCAUCCUGCCGCUCCUGGUCACCAGCCACCCGGAGGAACUUCAGAUGUGAGAGCAGAGGGCCGUGUUCAGACGGAACCCCAAGCAUCCGGCACGCCAGGAAGCGGCGGGAAAAGGCCAUUGGUGAAGGCCGCGUGGUAUACGUUCGAAAUCUCUCCAGUGACAUGAGCUCCCGAGAGCUGAAGAAGCGUUUCGAGGUGUUUGGCGAGAUUGUAGAGUGUCAGGUGCUGACAAGAAGUAAGAGAGGCGAGAAGUACGGCUUCAUCACCUACCGGUGUUCUGAGCAUGCAGCCCUCUCCCUGAGGAAUGGCGCUGCCCUGAGCAAGCGCAAUGAGCCCUCCUUCCAGCUGAGCUCUGGGGGGCUCCGGCACUUCUGCUGGCCCAGAUACACUGACUAUGAUUGCAAUCCAGAAGAGGCCCUUCCCGCCUCCGGGAAAAGCAAGUACGAAGCCAUGGAUUUCGACAGCUUACUGAAAGAGGCCCAGCAGAGCCUGCAUUGAUCACAGCCUUAACCUUCGAGGAAUACCUCAAUACCUCAGACAAGGCCCUUCUAAUAUGUUUACGUUUUCAAAGAAACAAGUAUACGAGAAGGAGAGCGAGCGAGCGAGCGUGAGAGACUUGAAACUGCUGUCCUUUUAAAAAAAAAAAAAAAACAGAUCAAUGUUUACAUUGCACAAAGCUGCUUCUGUCUGUGAGUUUCCAUGGUGUUGAUGUUCCACUGCCACAUUAGAGUCCCCGCUUCUGACGGGUUGUCCUGGGUGCGCCGCGAAGUGCCGGGUCAGUCACCCUCUGCCCUUCCUGCCCGACUGACUUCCUCUUGUAGACCUGCAGCUGUGUUCACCAUAACAUCU